CCCGCGCCGCCUCCGCGGGGACAAUAGCGGGGGCCAUGUCGUCCGCCGGCGGCCGCCAGCCCAGCCAGAGCCGGGACAUCCCCACCCGCACCGUGGCCCUCAGCGACGCGGCGCAACUUCCCGCGGACUACUGCACCACCCCCGGCGGGACCCUCUUCUCCACCACCCCGGGGGGCACCCGGAUCAUCUACGACCGUAAGUUCCUGCUAGAUCGCCGCAACUCCCCCAUGGCCCAGACUCCGCCUUGUCACCUCCCCAAUAUUCCUGGUGUCACCAGCCCCGGCUCAGCGGCCACCGAGGAGCCCAGAGCGGACACCAACAGUCUGAACCACACGGAGGGGAAGUCAUCCAUAGGGGAGGACGCUCAAUUCGAGAUGGAUAUUUGAGCGGGAACCACGGAAGAGGCAGCAACUCCCCAGACCUGUGCACAUCCCAUUCAGCUCGGCAGGAUCCAUCCUGGCGAGGUGGAGGUGGCGGCAGUCCCUGAAUGUGUCUUUCUCCCUGCCUGCCUCCUCCUCCCCCCUUCUUUUUUGGGGUGACCCCUUUGCCAGGGUGACCGGUCCCACCAUGUGCUGUCUGGAUCAUCCCUUCCGGAUCCUUCCCUGUUCCUCCUUCAUCCACCUGCUGACAGCCUCAUCUACACCGGGCUUCUUUUUAAAACAUCCCUUUGCCUCUUAUGCUGCCUCACGUCCCCCCAACAAGAAAACCCCACAUCCAUCCUCCCGGUACCUCAAACCUCCCAUCCUCCUGAUCUAGAGCUGCGUUACAUCUGUGUCCCUUCUCCCGGGAAAUUUGGGCAGCCUCUCAGGAGAAGGGGGAAAGCAUUGCUCCUAAAACCCAGCACCUGCUGCCAACCCAGGGCAGGGGGAGGGUUUUUGGGAUUCCCCUGGGACCUGCUGGCAUUCAGUGGAGGACAGUGCGGGCAGUUCCUCCCCUUUGGUGCUCCAGGAACCUGCAUCUCUCUUGUACCCAAAUUUUUUCCAUCUUGGCCCUUUGACUGGGGGCUGUGUUCCUAAGGACUCAGGGCCACGUAGCCAUAUGUUACAACAAAAAAAUACUCUUAUUUUAUUUUUGGUACUAAAAAAGAGGCACUUUACUGGUGAUGCUUCUUUUUUCAGGCUGGGGACAAGUGCCUCUGGAAAAGUGCCUUUUUUUUCUUUUUUAACCCUUACUCCCCUUAAAAAUGUGAAUAAUACAGGUGCAAAAUCCCUUGCUGCCCUUGGAUGUCUCAGGAAUAGCCAGGCUCCCAGGGAGGGGAUGAGAUGCUGUGUCUGGGAGCACUGCAGCUGAACUGGGGGCACUCCCAUUGCAGGAUGCUGGUGCUCUCCUCCACGGCCAUCCUGCAUCCUAAACCUCCCCUCAGAGAUAGGAUUUAUUUUUUCUCCUCUCUUGGUGUGAGGGGGUAUGUGCUGGGGGGGUGCCACGGCAGUGCCGUGUCCUACCCCCCCCUUUAUUUUUAUUUUUACCGCCUGUUGGGAGCUAUUGACAGCUUCGCAACCUUCUCAAGUGCCAUUUUCUCAGCCCCACCUGAGUGCCUGCUCCAUCCAUCCUCCCUCCUUUCCUUGUCCACGUACCCAGGACCUGGGCACGGUGGCUCUGCACGGUGGGGACGAGGACAAUUGGUGCCGGUAUCCAUGCUGCCAAGUUUUUUCUGCACUUUCCAUCCCAUAAUUUACUGCUUGAGGGUGUGUUUGGUGCAGGUCGGCACAGUGGCUGGUUGCAAGCUCUCAUCUUCCAGCUGAUUUUCUGGGAGGAGGUUGCCACUUAUUUUUUUGAGGGGGGGGAGAAAAUGAAAA